AUGGCAUCGCAUUUCAACGCUGCCACGGAUUUGCCUGACUUGACAGGAAAGGUAGUCUUGAUUACUGGCGCAACGUCUGGCCUUGGUUAUCCCGUUGCUCAGGAGCUCCUACGCAAGGGAGCAACGGUAUAUCUAGCUGCAAGGAACGAAAGCAAGGCUAUUGCAACUAUUUCACGGCUUGAGAGAGAGGGAUUAGCGCCAGGCCAUGGGAAGCCUUUAUGGCAUAAACUUGACCUGGAGAAUCCGCACGACGUCAAGAACUCAGCUGAGGAGUUUUUAUCGAGAGAGUCUAGGCUGGAUAUAUUGAGUACCCUUGGCAAGGAGUAUGGAAUGGGGCCUAUAGGAGUGCAAGAUAUAGUAACUGUGAACUACAUCUCACCAUUCCUCUUCACAAAAUCUGUCCUUCCGUUGAUGAGGAAGACCGCUCAACAGGUGGACACAGAUGUUCGAAUCGUGAUUGUUGCAUCUGAUGCGCACAAAGUCAUUUCGAACGUGCAGUUCAAGACCAAAUCUGACCUCAACGGACCGAGCACCAGUGACAGAUAUUGGUACCAGUUCGUUCGUUAUGCGUAUACAAAGGUUCUCGACAUUCUCUGGAUGAAGGAGCUAGCUCGGCAACUUGCUGUGUCAGAGGAUGGAGGAACCAAUAUCUUAUGCUUGGGUACACAUCCUGGAGCCGUAGCCAGUGAAGGUGCUUAUGCGGGUGUUGCGAGGUUGCCAUGGCCACUCUCGGUGCUGGGGCGUGUAAUUUUGCGGUGGUUCUUCCGCACGUCAGCUGACGCCGCUGCGACAGUCCUUAUUCCAGCAGCAAAGACCGAACUGCGGAGGGAAAAGGAGAAGUACCAUGGCCGGUACCUGGUACCAAUAGGAAAACUGAGUGGAGUCAGCAAGGCGGCGGAUAACGAGGUCCUGGCAAAAGAGCUGCAUGCUUUGACUGAAAACAUAUUAUCCGAGGAAGGUCUAUAG